AUGUGCGCGAUGGUCAACGACGCCAAGGACCUCACGCCGUAUCUCCUCGACACGAUCGCGCCGUAUCCUCCAGAUGCAGCUCCCGAGGUUCGCAAGGUCGCGUCCAAAGCGCUUGGAUUGUUUGUCAAGGCGCUCGGCAAGGGCUUCUCCAAGUACCUUGCCGAGGCGAUCCAGAUGAUCGUGUCUGGUCUCUCGCAUGAGUCGGAAGGUGUACGUGACGUGGCCAUGCGCUUUUUUGUCGUAAACGCAUACGCGCUUUCCAACACGAAGAAUCUAUUUGACGACAACUGGUGCAUUCGUGAGUCGUCGAUCUCGCUCCUCGGCGACUUGUUGUACCACGACAGCGGCACGCAGAUGGUUGUCAUGUGUGCCAACAACGACGAAGACGGCGCCGAUACAGGCAGCGCCGCUGGCGAGAAGGCGAUGCUCGAGAUCCUCAGCAAGCCGCGCCGCGACGCCGUUCUCGCUGCGCUUUGCAUGAUGCGCUCGGAUACGUCGGCCGUUGUUCGCCAGAGCACGCUCCAGGUGUGGAAGAGCGUCGUCUCCAACCCGCCCAAGACGCUGCGCUCGAUCCUCGAGACGCUCGUGCAAGCGCUCUCGGGCAAGAGCCUCGGCGAGUGUGUCAUACCCGAGGUCGUCCUUAUCCUGCGCGCGGGCCUCGACCCGAUGAGCCCCGCCGGCAUGCGUCAAGGCGUCUGCCUCGAACUCGCCGAGACGCUUGUCGUUGCGGUCGAAGACGCACUUUGCGACGCGCCGCCCGAGAGCAUGUGCUACCGCUCGUUUGACGAGCUCAUCCCGCGCCUCCUCAAGCGUAUCACGUCGGUGGACGACCUCGUCCAAGAGCGCGCGCUUGCUGGCCACCAGAAUGUCAAGGUCAAGUCGCGCGAGGUGCUUCCGUACCUCGUGCCGCGCCUGCUCACGACGCCGAUGGCCUUGUCCAACGUCCAAGCGAUCGCGCGCACUGCGUCCGUCUCGGCGCUCUUUAACAACGCCGUUUCGGUCGUCACGAGCCGCCCGGACGACGAUAGGGUGGCAGCGAUCCAGCACUCGGUGCGUGCGGUUGCGUUGAGGGUCGAGGCGGCCGAUGUCCAGUGGCUUGCCGCUGAAAUUUGCAAGUACUGCGAAGCCGACAUUGCUGAGACGCGGUAUCUUGCGUGCUGGCUCAUCGCAGCCUUUUGCCAGUCGGCGACUGUCUCGUACGUCGAACAAGUCCCGAUCUUUCUCAAGUAUGUCCUCGCGCGCUUCAACGGCAGCGACGUGUCGGUUGUCGAGGCUGCUUUCUUGGCGUUUAGCAGCCUAAACACGACGACCAGGCCUGACGAGCUCGCCAAGCGCAUCGACUUUAUUUGCAACAACCUCAGCUCGAUUUCAGUGACGCGUGCCAUCGCAAGGGCGGUGUUGGUGCCACAGAUCUCUUUUUCUUGCCGGCGCUUGCGCUGCCCAAGGCCUCGACCCGUUCCUGCCGGCCUACCAGCACGCACUCGUGAACGGUACGCCCAAAGCGCGCCAGUUCGCUGCGGCUGGCCUCGACGAACUUGUGCGGCUGGCGUCGCCCGCGUACCUCAAAGCGUUCUCGCCAAUAUCACAGGUCCGCUCAUCCGUUCUUGCCGCGGCUGCAGACGGCAUUCUUCACGGCGCGAGCGCGUCUGUGCGUGCGGUGGCCCGGCCUUUGUCCACCUCGUUCUCGCCCCAUAUCGACCCGCUCAUUGCCGAGCUCACGGCCAAGGUUGCGUCGACGAAGGCGGCAUCUUGGAGGCCAACCUUGACGCGCUCGUUGCGAUUCUCACCCGCGUCGGCGCCAAGGUCUCGGCAUCGGCAGUGCUCGCGGUGGAAGACGUCCUUCGCGGUCACCUCGUCACGAACUGUGACCUCCUCCGUGUGCGCGCGAGCAACGACCUUGCCCUCACGCUCUCGCUCGGCGGCGAAAAACAUCAUAGUCUCACGAUGAUCGAGGAGCUGGACCCUUCUUCACUCGGCGGCGUUGCCACCACGCUUGCGGUGCCGGUCAUUCCGACGCUUGUGGCGCUCGCCCGCGACGAGAACCCGCUCGUCAAGUCGUCGAGCUUCACAGCGCUUGGCCUCGCGGUCAAGGUCGACGCGGCGCUUGUGUCGGUGGACGUUGUCCAGGCGUUCGCUAUGGGGUUCUCGGACACCGCCAACAAGGUCGUCAACCGCACGGCUCUGCGCAUCGUCAAGCGCAUGGCCAAGGUCGUCCCGAAGCAUGUGCGCCUGCACUCGGGCACGCUCGUGCCGCCGAUUUUUGCGCUCAUCAAGAGCCCAACAUCAACAUCGAGCUCGGUGCCGAGAACGCUCACGGAAUACUGCGCAAGCGCCGAGCAAGGCAAGCUCCUCGCCGAGUACGGCCGCCAUGUUCUCUCCAAGCUCAAGGUCAACGGAGACGACAGCGACGACGAAGGCGUCGAGUAG